CCAUGAAGCACUGCUGUCAGCUCCAAACAUGGUAUAAAUCACAGAGACAUCCCAACGGGUAUAAAUUCUUCGACUGACAAAGCUGCAGCAACAGGGAAACUUCUCCGACAGCCUGGCAAGAGCAGAGGUUUGGAAUCCAGGCAGCAAAACAGCGUUAACCUUCAUCUAAGGCUUUAGCUGAAUCAUGACCGAAGAGCCCGUGCGGAAGGACAGCGAGAUCAGACACCCCAACUCCGGCAUGGGCUGCGGACACAAGGAUGACAAAGCCAGCCUGGCUUCAAGCCAGAUAGCUUUCAGCCACCAGCCUCAUCAGCCCCCCUCUGCUCCUGCCUCCAAAGAAGUGUGGAAAAAGGGCGGCCGCAUGUUCUCCAUCCUGCUGGCCGUGCACUUAGCCCUGCUGGCCUGCACGCUGGUGAGCAGCGGGGCUUUUGAGAAGAUUGCUGUGCACGAUUACGACGUCUUCUUCCUGCUGACUGUCAUGAUGCUGAUAGUCAUCAUAUGGAUCAUCUUCUACCUCGCCGGCACCUCCCGGUGCCCAGAUGCCAUCCUCUGCAAAGACUCCCACGCUGGACCCAUCUGGCUGAGAGGAGGCCUGGUCCUAUUUGCCAUUUUCAGCCUUGUCAUGGAUGUGUUCAAAAUAGGAUAUUACUCGAGCUUCUACAGCUGCCUGUCUGCAAUCAAAAUAAUCUACCCCAUUGUGCAAGCAAUAUUCGUGGUCGUCCAGACAUACUUCCUGUGGAUCUCUGCCAAAGACUGUGUCCACGUACACCUGAACGUGACCAGGUGCGGCUUGAUGCUAACACUGACUACAAACUUAGCAGUGUGGAUGUCAGCGGUGACAGAUGAGUCUGUUCACAAAGCACAUUCAAAGCUGAAGAAGAACAUGACAGAGGAAAUCUUCAGGUGGCUCCUGAAAGCGGGAAUGAGAAGUAGCUCAGCUGAAGCAUGCAAUUGCAACAGCCAAAUCUGCCAGAUCUUCAAGAACGGCUACUUUUGGCUGUACCCCUUUAACAUUGAGUACAGUCUCUUUGCCUCUGCCAUGGUCUAUGUCAUGUGGAAGAAUGUUGGACGCUUCAUAGACCACCACUCCCACCACAUUCACCGCCUGAAGUUCAGGCUCUUCCGAAGGACCUUCUUUGUAGGCAUUGUGUUGGGCCUCAUCACUCUGGUGAGUGGUUUGGGAGUCCUUAUUCUUUACGAGGUGCAGGUAAAUUCCAGCACUGAAUCCAGCAAGAAGAGCCAAGCACUCACCAUGUACUACAUCUUCAACAUCGUUUGUCUGGGCCUGAUGUCUCUUGUCUGCAUUGGUGGCUCUGUCAUCUACCGGUUUGACAAGAGAGACAUGGAUCGGCACAAGAACCCAACCAGGACGCUGGAUGUGGCCCUGCUGAUGGGUGCAGCCUUGGGGCAGUAUGCUAUUUCCUACUACUCCAUUGUGGCCAUUGUAGCCAGCACACCAAGGGACGCUAUCAGCGCACUCAACCUCACCUAUGCCCUCCUAAUGAUUGCCCAGCACACCUUCCAGAACGUCUUCAUUAUCGAAGGCCUUCAUCGGCAACCCCCCAAGGAAGACCACAAGCAUGAUUCUCACCAGAAGGAUCUCUAUGGACUCACCUUUGUCAACAUCAAUGCAGUGAGCCUCCGCGUGCCCGACACCAGCAGCACCUUGGCCCCCAGCACCGCCUCUGGCACCGAAGCCAACCACCUUUCUGACCUCGUGCGGUCCCUCACCGCCCCCAAGAAGAUGAACUGGAGGAGGAAGUUCUUAAGGGAGAUCUCCAUGUUCCUCCUGCUGAGCAACAUCAUACUCUGGAUCAUGCCAGCAUUUGGUGCCCGGCCCCAGUUUGACAAUGACACAGAACUGAACUUCUAUGGCGAUUCCAUGUGGCCGGCCAUCGUGGACAUUUGCCUGCCCUUUGGCAUCUUCUACCGAAUGCACGCAGUGGCCAGUUUGCUGGAGGUCUACAUCAUGUCCUAAAGAGCCCCCUCGCAAGGAAGAUGAGAUCCUCCUCAACCAAUCCACCUUCUUCCUACCCCAGGGCUGGGAGACCACCCAGAUGUCCCAAGGGGUCCCUAGCGCUGCGUGAAUCACGUCCCCUUGCAGUGUUGGGGCAUUUAUGAAUCGUCAGUGAAGAUCAUCCAAACAUAGUCCAGAUUUUAUUUUUGCUACUUGUGUGUGGAUGUGCACGUGUGUGUCUGAAGUUCUUAAAGCUUAAAAGAAAAAAAGAUUUAAAAAAAAAAAGAGGAAGGUGUCCAGAGCAGGAUCACGGUGAUUACCCUUGGCUCACGGAGAGACUCACCUUCCUUUUUAAAAGCCUGUUCACUCCAUGCCACCGAUGUACUCCCCAGCGGGUGCUCGGCACCCUUGGACAGUCGGUGCCUGCCUGCACGCAGAGACCCGCUGGGUCCGAGGGGCCGACGCAGGCGUGGAAGGCAAAGAAAGGGAAACCACUUCAGCUUCUGGUACGGCCAGUUGGAAACCACUCCCCUGCAGAGAUGUGAAAAACAGACCGGUGAUCACCAAAGCCUUCGGGGAAACAUUUUAAUCUUUCCUCUCUGUAUUGCCUGUUUAUAUUGGCCCUCUUGACCCUUCCCUGUAUCAGCCUCUGCUGUUUUCCUUCCUCUCCCGGGAGGCCCCGCUGCUGCGAGUGGGUUUGCUCCCCGCAGCCUCCUCUUCCCGAGGGCAGCCCGUCUCUACAGGAGAGCUGUGCAGGCGGUCCUGGUCUGGCUGCUCUAAGCACACUAUUUUCCCCCUCAGUUCUCCUGGAUCGGGGCUCAAGAACCUUAAAGAUCGUAUGGGCAAUACAGUCUGGGGAAUGAUAGAGAGAUUUGUUUUUCUUUCUUCUUUUUUCUUUUUUUUUAAAUAGAUCAUGAUUUUUUAAAAUAUAUGAACGUUUUUGUACGCGAAGUUAUUUAUUGAUUUUCACUGUAACAUUGAACUCCUGAAGGGACCUAAGACAUAGAAAUCAAUCCAAUGCCAUGGCCAAUUCGAUCUCCCGUGCCCUGAAGGGGUGCCUGCGCUGCACCCUCAAGCCUGUGCGUGCCUUGAGGCUGCGAGCACAGCCCCAGCACCCAGGCAGCCCCAGUGCACGCAGCGGUGGGGCCCCAGCACACGUUUGUGGGUGCCUGCAGCUCUACGUGAACCACGGUAUGAUUGAGGGGGCUUCCAGAGCAGGAGUCCUGGGCUGCAGGAGAUAGAAACGGGCCCCUCUGCUGUACCCAGAGUCCAAACAGAGCCUCAGAAAGCCCACGCUGCCAGGCUGGGAGAGCACAUGCCAAAAUAGCACAGCUGAGCUUUGUCUGUGCCCUGAGAUAUCAGGGUUUGCUGUU